AUUCAUUUGAAAAUCAUUUCAUAAAUCAAUGUUUGUUUGAAUUGUUGUCAAAUGAAUGAAAACACAAUUUAACUGCAAUUAUGAGUUAAGCGUUGAUUCAAACAAAUAGUGAGGCAUUGAGUGCUUUGAAUGACUGACGAAAGCAAUGAAUAAAAGGGAAAACAAAAGCGAAAGCAAACGACACUUCAAAGUAUGUCACCAAAACCUUUGUAUCCAUCAAAUCAAUUUCCAAAAGCAGUCUUUUCUUGUGAGUAUUGAUAGUCUCGAUGGUUUCGUUGAAUUGCAUGUAAUCUCACAAAGAGAUGACUUAAAGAGGAUUAAACUGAACGCCAAACAGUUGCGGGUCUUUCGCGCAGCCAUUCUCUACACUGACGACAAUCUCAUCAAAGACUGUGACUUCACUUAUUCGGAUCCAUCUCUCGAUAUCUGUCAGUCGGAAAACAAACGAAAUUUAGACACCUUUUCGGGUUCGCACUCAUCGGUCGUCCAGAGUGUAGAUCCCGAUCGAGGAAAUGGCGAACUCUUGGUUGAGGUGCCCGAAGACAUACCAGAGAUAGUGAGUGCUGUGAAGGAGAGGACAGUGAUUCGUCUUCACAUCGAUUUUGCAGUCGAGAGACCCAAAGGAGGCGUUCAGUUCGUUGUGCCCGAAAGCGAUGGAUCCCUCGCCGAAAGGGGGGCCCAUAUGUUCACCUAUAGGUAUGAGAACUCCAACCGAUUGUGGUUUCCAUGUGUGGACUCAUACAGUGAGGUCUGCACGUGGAGAAUGGAAUUCACUGUCGACCUCAACAUGAUUGCUGUUUCUUGUGGUGAACUCAUAGAAACGGUUUACACGUCAGACAAUAAGAAGAAGACAUACCAUUACUCUCUGUCUACCCCUACCUGUGCGCCAAAUAUAGCAUUAGCUGUGGGUCCGUUUGAGGUAAUGGUAGACCCAUUCAUGCAUGAGGUCACGCACUUCUGUUUACCACAUUUAUUACCACUACUUCGAGACACCUGUGGUUUCCUUCACGAGGCGUUUGAGUUCUACGAAGAACUCCUUUCCAGUCGUUAUCCCUAUACUUGUUAUAAACAAGUGUUUGUCGACGAAUCCUAUGAGGAAUUCCAAUCAUUUGCCACAAUGACUGUUCUCUCGACUAAUCUGUUGCACUCAAGACAUAUCAUUGACCAGACCUACCACUCGCGUCGGCUGUUAUCGCAUGCGAUCGCACAACAGUUCUUCGGCUGUUUCAUAACAAUGCAGUCGUGGUCUGACGCGUGGCUCUCGAGAGGGAUCUCCGCAUUCUUGGCCUCCCAGUACUAUAAGAAGGCUUUUGGUAACAAUGAAUACCGGUUUGAUUUGUACCAACAGUUGCAAGAAGUGAUUCAAUACGAACAGAAAUACAGAGGAGUGGUGUUAGACCCGACCAAACAGAGCUCUAGUGAAACGAAUGCCUUCUACUUCCCGAUCAAACAUUUGCACACAAUUUCACCCCUUUAUGACAGCGCGCACAAGAAGAAGAGCUAUUUAGUGAUCCGAAUGCUUGAGAACUAUUUGGGCCGAGAAUUACUUCUGCAGGUGUUUAACAAACUGCUGUCUCUGGCCAUUAACGCCGCGCCCCAGAAGUUCUCAGCGAAUGUUUGGUUUAAUUUCAUGAUAUCGACCAAUAGCUUCGUUUGGGCCAUAUCUACGGUCACCGGUAAGAACAUCGACACAUUCCUACAGCAGUGGGUCUAUGACGGCGGACACGCAAAGUUUCACUCGUCAUUCGUCUUUAACCGCAAGAGGAAUACCGUUGAGCUCGAGAUUAAACAAACCGACACUCAUAUGACUGGAGUUAAGAAAUAUGUCGGACCCCUUGUGGUGACAGUUCAGGAAUUGGACGGAACUUUCAAACAUCCCGUUCAGAUAGAGGACAAUAUGACGAAACACGACUUGACGUGUCAUUCAAAGAGUAGACGUAAUAAGAAGAAAAAGAUCCCGUUGUGUACCGGAGAGGAGGUUGAUAUGGAUUUGAGUGCAAUGGAUCCCGACUCACCUGUGCUGUGGAUUAGAAUAGACCCGGAAAUGCAAUUACUUCGUGAGGUAGUGUUGGAACAGCCCGACUAUCAAUGGCAAUACCAGUUGCGGUUUGAGCGCGACGUCAUGGCACAGAUGGAUGUCAUUCACUUCAUCGACCGAUUCAGUACUCCUCAGACACGUAACGCAUUGACAGACACUAUAAACAACGAGCAGUGCUUUUAUAGGGUGCGAUGCGCUGCCACUCUCUGUCUCAGGAAAGUAGCCAAUCAGAUGGCCAGCACAUGGACCGGUCCUCCGGCUAUGUUAAGCAUAUUCCGCAAAAUAUUCGGCUCUCAUUCGUGUCCGCAUAUCAUAAAACUGAACAACUUUUCCAAAUUCCAGCACUACUUCCUUCAGAAAGCAAUGCCCAUAUCGAUGGCCGGACUCCGCAAUAUUCACGGCAUUUGUCCUCAAGAAGUGCUUAAAUUCUUAUUGGAUUUGUUUAAGUACAACGAUAACAGCAAAAAUAAGUUCUCCGAUAACUACUAUAGAGCGGCACUAAUCGAUGCGUUGAGUGAAACGGUUACUCCUGUGGUGACCGCUGUAUUGAACCCAAUCGGACAACAGAUCACUGCCGAAGCGCUCUCCACAGACACCAAAUGCAUAUUAGAAGAGAUCACACGUUAUCUGAAUUUAGAUAAACUCUUGCCCUGUUAUAGACAUACCGUAACUGUGAGUUGUCUUAAGGCAAUCAGACAUUUGCAGAAAAUGGGUCAUUUGCCGAGUAAUCCCAUGUUUUUCCGCGAGUAUGCCGUCAGCGGUGUCUUCAUUGAUGUCCGCAAAGCAGCGCUAAAGGCAUUGAUAGACAUAACAAAGUCUGAAGUGAGGAAAGAAGAUUUGGAUUUUCUGCUCGAUUUAGUAGAAAACGAAUCCAUUCCUUGCAUCCGAUUAUAUAUAUUGAAACAAUUUGGGAAAAACCCUCCGUUUGUUAAAAACCAACAAAAUAUUUUGAAUACCGAAGAUCUGGUCGACCGCUUGUGGCAUCUCAUGAACUCUCAGUUAUCAUACGAUUCGAGUAUCCGUUGCGCUGUCGUUGACCUCUACUACGCUCUUUACGGGAGGGGACGACCCUCUUGUCUCCCUAAACCUGAAUUUUCAGUCGUUUUAAAUCUUAAAGAAAAGAAGGCGACAGUGAGUACAGCACUGGUAGCCAACGAUGAUUUAGAGACACUGGAGUCGAGCGCUAGAAUGGAUAUGGAUGUCGAGGACAAUAUCAAUGAGUCUAAAGAGACGGACGAGUCUUUCAAUGAUCUCGAAAUUGUUCCGAAGAGACGAACAUUCGAUGAAAUUAUAAAUGACACCAAAUUAACUCGAGAGCGCGAAAAGAGCCCUCAAAGUGCUCAUGAAAUCCAAUUAUCUCCACAAACGACUGCACCAGAAGUGAAUGAAAGCGUUGCCGAAACAGUGAGCGAAGACAUAGACAUGACUUCCACUUCACACAAUCAGAGUCUACCAGAACUGUCCUCUGACUUGACUACCAGUCAAAUGCCUUCGACUGCCACUCCUAUGACUAGUGAAGCGGAGGCCACUGUCAACCCAUUGAAAGAGAAGUCUAAGAAGGAUAGGGAUAGAGAUGAAAGUGGCGGACAUUCCUCUAAACCACAUAAGGAUAAGAAGAAGAAGAAGAAGAAACACAAACAUAAAGAACAUAAAGACAAACAUAAACACAAACAUAAGGAUAAGGAUAAAGACAGAGAUAGGGAUAGACAGGACAGACACCACUCACACGACAGGACUGCCAGUUCUGGAGGAAGUACUAACACAUCUCCCGUGAAAUACACAUAA